AUGCCACUGCCUCUACCAUCCCGAAGCUCCAAACCUGAGACUAAGAAAUCACAGUCGAGCAAAAUCGUGCCCAGUGAUCAUGGCCAAUCUGAAAAGAGAGGGGAGAAUUAUCAAGCAAAGAUCUCUUCAUGUUCACCUAAGAGACGAUGCAAAAAGAGAUCAGCUUUUGAAGAUCUCACCAAUGCUUCUCAAAGUCAACCUGCCGAGCUCAAGAAGGAAGCCAAUAAGGAGUUUGGUAAAGAUGUUUCCAAGAGGGUAAAAGGGAACACAGCUGCUCUUGGGUUGGCCAAAAACAAUGAGAUGAAUAAGGAAAGUUAUAAGCUGGAACCCUCACCAGUAGUAGUCUCUACUACCUUGGUACCAAAUAUUAUGGAGAAACCACUCAUUCUGGAGAUACCUACCAUCUCUAAAACAACCACUACUGAGGAGGUAUCAUUUUUCAAAAAGCCAUUAAUUUUAAAAAAGGAACUCACUACUGAGGAUACAAGCGUUUUCAAGAGGUCAUUAUCUUUAAAGAAGUCCACAAAUCAGGGGGAGGUAUCCCUCAUGGAGAAGCCACCAUCCUUACAGGAGGAAGCUGACAACACUGAUGAGUUUGUUGUAGAGCCAGUGACUUUUGGGAAGAAGCAUAAAACUGGGGAGGCAGCCAUCACCAAAGGAACAUUAUCUUUAAAGAAGAUGUGUACAUAUCAGGGGGAUUUGGCUUUGCAGGACAUCACUGUUGAAGGGGAUUCCUUCUUUAUGGAGCCAACAAACUUUAGAAAGAAGCCUAAAACAGAGGAGGCAACCCCCACCAAGAAGGUGUUAUCUUUAAGGAAGAAGAAGAAGUAUACUGCUCAGGGGAAGGUGUCCCAUAUGGAGAAACCACUAGUAUUUCAGAAGACCACCUCUGAAGAGGAGUCCCUCAUUAAGGAGCCACUGGCUUUCAAGAAGAAACCUACCAGCAAGGAGGCAACCUUCACCUUGAGGCCAUUAUCUUUAAAGAAGUGUACUAUUCAAGGGAAGUUGGCUCACUUGAAAAAGCCAUUAGAAUUGCAGAAGACCACCUCUGGAGAGAAGGCACUCAUUAAGGAGCCAUUGGAGUCUCUCUUCCAGGAGCCAUCUGCAUUGCAAGGGAAGCACACCACUGGUGGGGAGGUGGUCCUCUUGAAGAAGCCACAGGCAUUGCAGGAGGAGAAGGACGGUAAAGAUAAAUAUCUUAUGGAGCCAAUGUCCCUUAGGAAGAAACGUACUACCAAGGAGACAAACCCCACCAAGAAACCAUUACCUGUAAAGAAGAAGUGUACCAUUCAGGGGAAGAUGUACCACUUGAAGAAGCCACUAGCAUUGCAAAAGAUCACCUCUGGAGAGAAGUCAUUCGUUAAGGAGCCACGGUCCCCUAAGAAGAAGGACACCACUGAGGAGUCCCUUUUCCAUGAGCCACCCACGUUGCAAGAGGAGCACACCACUCAGGAGGAGGUGUCCAUCUUGAAGAAGGCCUUGACCUUGCAAAAGACUCUAACUGAGAAGGAGUCACUUUUAAAGGAGCCUUUGGCUUUUAAGAAGAAACGUACCAUUGAGGAGGCAACCCCCACCAAGAUGCUAUUAUCUUUAAAGAAGAAAAAGUGUAUUAGUCAGGGCAAGGUGUCCUGCUUGAAGAAGCCACUAGUAUUGAAGGCCACCUCUGGAGAGAAGUUGUCCUUUAAAAAGAAGUCUACCACCGAGGAGGAGUCUCUCUUCAAGGAAUCACCUAUGUUGCAAGAGAAGCAUACCACGCAUGGGGAGGUGGCUCUUUUGAAGAAGCCAGGGGCAUUGCAGGAGAAUGUUGAUGGUGAAGAUGAAUUUCUUAUGGAACCAGUUCCCUUUAGGAAGAAACAUACCACAGAUGAGGCAGUCUCUACCAAGGAGCCUUUAUCUUUAAAGAAGAAAAAGUGUGCCUCUCAAAUAAUGAUGUCCAUCUGCCAAGAACUGUUGGAUUUGCAGAAUAUGAUUGGCAAAGAUAAGGAGUCCUUGUCACUUAGGAAGAAGUCUUCAACUGAGGAGGAAAUCCUUACCAAGACACCGUUAUCUUUAAAGAAAAAGCAAUUCAUGCAGGGGAAGAUGUUCCUCUUAAAGAAGCCACUGGUCUCAGAGAAGACCACCUCUGAAGAAGAGUCACUCUUUAAGAAGCUAUUGCCCUUUAAUAGAAAGUCUAUAACUGAAGAGGAGUUCCUCUUCCAGGAUCCACCUGUAUUGAAAGAGAAGCACACCACUCUGCAGGAGGUGUCCCUCUCAACUAAGCCAUUGGCCUUGCCAGAAAAGACCACCACUGAAGAAGAAUCGUAUAUUAAGGAACCAGUGACCUUAGAGGAGAAGCCUACUACUGAGGAGGAAUUCCUUUCUCAGGAGCCAUUUUCAUUGCAUGUUAAACCUACCAGCAAAGAUGAGUCCCUCUUCUGGAAGGCUUUGGGCUUGCAGAAGAAGACUGAUACCAAAGAGGAUUCCUUGAAGAAGAUGUUGGCUUUGCAGGAGAAGUGCACUACUGAAGAGGAAUCCCUUUUAAAUAAACCAUUGGUUCUGAAGGGGGAGCUCUCCACCGAGGUGGCAACAAGCAUUGAGAAGCAAUUAUCUUUAAAGAAGAAACCCAUUGCUCAGGGAGAAGUGUUCCUCUUGAAGAAGCAUUUGGCCUUGCAAGAGAAUAUCACCAAUGAAGAGUCCUUUAUUAAGCAACCACUGGCUUUUCAGAGGCCCAGCAUUGAGGGGACCAUCCCAAGGGAGUCCUUGGCCUUGCAAGAGAAUCCCACAGUUGAAGAAGAAACUGUCUUCAAGGAGCCAUUGUCCUUUCAGGAGAAACCUACCCUCAACAAGACAUUCCAUGUCAAGGAGACAUUUGCCUUGAAUGAGAAACCCACCACUGGGAAGGAGUUGUCCCUGAAGGAGCCAUUGGCCUUGCAAGAGAAUCCCACCCAAAAGGAAGAUAACUCUCUCAAAGAUUUCUUGAUCCUCCAAGUUGAAACCAGCUCAUAUGUGUCCAGCACUGCCCCCGAACCCAGAACAGGCCUGUCCAGUGUGGGCAAGUUCAAUAUCACAAGCAAGUCCAGUGCUUGUGAAUCCAGUUCCAGUAAACCUUCCUCAUCUUGGGGCAAGAGGUCACAGAAGGAGGUAGCCCCAUUGGAGGAUAUUGACAAGAACCACAGUGAUCCAUUUUUCAACCCAAUAUAUGCCAAGGAUAUCUUCAGUUACAUGAAAGAGAGAGAGGAAAAGUUCAUACUUAAAAAAUACAUGAACAGGCAGACUGACAUCAGCAGUUGCAUGAGGGCCAUUCUUGUGGACUGGUUGGUAGAGGUGCAGAUGACCUUUGAGAUGAGUCACGAGACCCUGUACUUGGCAGUGAAACUGGUGGAUCACUACCUUAUGGAGGUAGUAUGCAAGAGGGACAAGCUACAACUCCUUGGUUCCACUGCAUUUCUGAUUGCAGCAAAAUUUGAGGAGUCCUACCCACCUUGUGUGGAUGACUUCCUAUACAUCUGUGAUGAUAUUUAUCAGCGAGAUGAGAUGCUCACCAUGGAAAUCAGCAUCCUGCAAACUCUCAAAUUUGAUAUCAACAUUCCCAUCGCCUAUCAUUUCCUGCGCAGAUAUGCUAGGUGUCUCCGUGCCAACAUGAAGACACUGACUUUGUCACGCUUCAUCUGUGAGAUGACUCUGCAGGAAUACGACUAUGUCCAGGAGAGGGCUUCCAAACUAGCUGCUGGCUCCUUCCUCCUGGCCCUCUAUAUGAAGAAGCUCGGACACUGGGCUCCUGCCCUGGAGUAUUACAGCGGCUACAAGACCUCUGAUCUUCACCCCUUGGUCAAGCAGCUAAACACCCUGCUGACAUUGCGUCCUUGCAACAAGCUCAAGACUGUGCAUUCCAAGUAUUCUCACCAGGUCUUCUUCGAAGUCACCAAAAUCCCUCCCUUGGACAUGUUGAAGCUAGAGAAGAUUUUGAACUACUGCUAAGUCUGAGGCUGAGGAGCCGGCGCACUGGCAGCGGCCACCAGGGCCAGGCAGGCAUUGAAAUAAGCUGUUACUUAUUCUGUCUUUGAAUGUGUCUUUUGAUCACUUGUCUUUCUUUUUUACUCUUUUGUUUGUCUUUUC